AUGGGCCACAAGAACAAGCGCAAUUGGGAUCCAGCCUUUGCCAAGCCUGACAGCAUCUUUGCCUGCCAGGUGCAUGGUCAGCAAGCUGACCAGCAGCAAAAAUAGAGUGCGCUCAGCAUGCUAUGUUUGCCAGCAAAGCUCAGUGGACAAGCAGGCAAGCCUUGAGGCAAUGCUGGAGAAGCAAAAUAGAGAGAUCCAGAGGCUUUGCAAGAGGCUGGGUCUGGAUGGCAGUGGGAGCAGUGCUAGUGUUGAGAUUUUGAGCAAGGUGAGUCUUUUGAGUCAAAAGAGGCAGAGAACAAAGCUGAUGCUCUUGUUUGCAGGAGCACACAGAAAGCUCAGCAGUGUGUGCUUCUCCUGUGGUGGACAUGGAAGUGGCAAGCAAGGUUCAAAAUGAUACAAGCAAUGUACCGACAGGCAAGGUAUCCAAUGUCAACAGGGCUGAGUAG